UGGUCGUUCGGAUAGUCAACCGAUUCGUCCCUUCGAUGCUUGACGUGAAUUCCUCGGCCGCCUACUACCGACGUUUUCGGAACAAAAAUCACCGAAGCAGGCGCCCCAAUUAGCUCGCUCGUUAACGAGAUCGCCGCGGAAAUCGCGAGACCACGUUCCCAAAACGAAGUAGCCGUGGAAUUUUCUGUGCUUUCGUGCGAAAAUGCCGUGAAUUCUUUUCGGUGAUUUAAGUGACACAUUAAGGUCUUUUAAGAUCUCGUCCGGCGGGCAUAGAAUGCGGUCGACAUAGAUUUUGAUGAACGAGGUGUAAUCUGUGAAUCCGUGUUUGGAUUUCGUUUGACAUUUGCUCCCGGUUUGUUGUUGUGAAAGUGUGGAGUAAUUCGUUGGGUUGUUCGGAGUUCGUUGCGCUCUUAAUGUGGAUUCCUGGGAUUUUUUGACUACUCGAAAUAGGGUACAUGAAAUGUUAUUGAGGUGUCAUCCCUUUCCUAAUGUCUCAAAGGGUGCCAUCACGAAACAGAGCACCCUCUUCAGGCCUCCAUCAAGAUAACACUUUGUAUUAUCAGGACCCAAAUGCGCCCCACCCCUCAAACAACAAGUACGUCCACCACUACCAUCACACCACCUCCUCGUCCUCCUCCCACCUCCACCCGAAUGUCAGGCUGUACAGGAACAGCUACUCGAACGCAGGUGGCGCCACCGGUCUAGAUACUGGACUCAGCGAGGACACCGACACCUACUACGAGUACUACAACGACACGCCCCACUAUCAGAAUCACCAUGGCGAUAGGGCGGGGUUUUCCGAGGACAGCGGUUCGGUCAGGUUGCCCUUGUAUGAGUCGGAGGACGGUGCUACCACCCUAUCCAGAAAUAACCCAGGCUAUGGGGAUAGAGGAUCGCAGAAUAGGAGGUCGCACAUGUACAAGGACAGGUCGAGCACCAGCAGCAAUACGGCCACUAGGGAUUUGAGGAGGGUGUACCCCAAUGCGGAGGAGAAUGCCUGGGGCAGGAUGUACCAGGAGGUGCCGUCUCCGGAUAUCCCACCCCCGGAACAAGCCACUCAGCUUAGAACAGUACCAGUACCAUCCGGUUAUCACAGGCCUCAAAGUCCCUCCAGUUCGGCAGUUGGCAGCACUGUGGUAGAUGGAUGUGGGGGUAAAUGUCAGACUUGCGAGAAUGUCUGCUACUUUUUCCUUCAGCUGGUUUUCACGAUGGGCAUCCUGAUUGGAGUCUCCUUGUGUAUAGCGGGGACUGUCCUACGCAAAUCCGCAGCUAGGAACCUGCAGGUGCUCGUUUAUAUAGGAGCGUUGGUGUCUAUGGUGAGCGCUCUGCUGUUAUGCAUCCAGUGUAACGCAAGGAAGAACGCCAAAAAUAGGAAGAAGGCUUUGUGGAACGUUAAGAGGGCGCCAAUACCGUUGGAGACCUUGAAUAUCCACGGUGGGGCUGUUAUGCCACAGCAGCAACCGCUGGUGGUUGUUCAAGAGAACAGGACCCAAAGAGUUGUUCAAUUACCUCAAGGAUCGAUGGAAGUCCAAAGAUUUAGGAACUUUGAAGUGUCCCCAGAUAGCAGCCUGGAAGAACAGGGCAUACCAUGGUGGAGAAGAAAAGAAAUGAAUUAACAAAGAGAAAAAGUACAAUGAAAUUAUUCCUUAUGAAGGGAAACCGACCAUGUAACGGAUUUAUCAAAUUGGUAUUUAUACAAUGCAAUAUUAACUUUGAUUCGAGUAUUUUUGUACAAAGAGUUGAGCUGACGAAGAUUUAGAAUCAAUUUGGAUUUUGUACAGUAAAAAGUGUGUAUUUUAAAAAAUGUAAAUGGAUUUUUGCUACCUCAAGAGUUUUUGUGUCUAGUCUAGUUGUAUAUGUGUAAUAUUUUUGUACAUAAAAUUGUGAUAAUAAAUUUUAAAAUUUA